UAAUAUAUUAUAUUGUAGGGCUGAGGAACGUUCUGUGACUGUGUGCUUUGUGCGAAGCAAUCAGAUUGUCCUCAGGGAUGUUUUUGUAGAAACCAAAAAAAGAAAGAAUUUCUUUGUGGGUUUCAGGCAGGGAUUUUCUUUUGGUCUUCUGGAACUUGAACAACUUGCACAAAUGGUCCCGAGUUGCUGUUGGCGUGGGUCACCUGUUGGGGUCACCUGUUGUUGUAUUUGUUUACCUGUUGUAUUUAUUCACCUGUGCACCCUCUUUCGUUGAUGGUGGAAUCUUCAAUGCUCCUUUCCUUCAUCAUUUACUCUGUGAGCUUUAGAUACUCCGCAUCUUUCAUCUUUGUACACCCCCACCCCCCACCCCCCAGCUAAAUUAUACGUUUUUCUUAUUAAAAAUUUUUGUUUUGUUUCAAUUUGAACAGAGAUUAUUCAAAAUCAAAAUGUAGAAUUAUUGAAGGUGUGUGGUGGAAUGUGUGGUAAUGGGCCGUAAUCUGCUCCCAUUAGUUAGGUCAUAUUCCCUGUGUGUGUUUGCUGAUGUGUGCUAGGAGUGUCCCAUUAGGUCAUAUUCCCUGUGUGUGUUUGCUGAUGUGUGCUAGGAGUGUUCCAUUAGUUAGGUCAUAUUCCCUGUGUGUGUUUGCUGAUGUGUGCUAGAAGUGUUCUCCGACUCAUGUCUCGUGUGUGGAGAUACUGGGGUGAAAGGUGACGUGCUUACACUGGGCCUGUGAAGUGUGAUUGUCUGCACAACUGUCCGUCGCUGUGUCCGUUGCUGUGUCCGUCGCUGUGUCCGUCGCUGUGUCCGUCGCUGUGUCCGUCGCUGUGGGUUCUUGUGCUGUGGAUUUCCCUGUUAGUUACCCCUCUGUCAUCUAUUGAUGGAAUGUACGCACAUAUUACAUACAGGUAUAUUGAUGGAAUGUAUGCAUAUAUUACAUACAGGUAUAUUGAUGGAAUGUACGCAUAUAUUACAUACAGGUAUAUUGAUGGAAUGUAUGCAUAUAUUACAUACAGGUAUAUUGAUGGAAUGUACGCAUAUAUUACAUACAGGUAUAUUGAUGGAAUGUAUGCAUAUAUUACAUACAGGUAUAUUGAUGGAAUGUACGCAUAUAUUACAUACAGGUAUAUUGAUGGAAUGUAUGCAUAUAUUACAUAGCGGUAUAUUGAUGGAAUGUAUGCAUAUAUUACAUACAGGUAUAUUGAUGGAAUGUAUGCAUAUAUUACAUACAGGUAUAUUGAUGGAAUGUAUGCAUAUAUUACAUACAGGUAUAUUGAUGGAAUGUAUGCAUAUAUUACAUACAGGUAUAUUGAUGGAAUGUACGCAUAUAUUACAUACAGGUAUAUUGAUGGAAUGUACGCAUAUAUUAUGCAUAUAUUACAUACAGGUAUAUUGAUGGAAUGUAUGCAUAUAUUACAUACAGGUAUAUUGAUGGAAUGUACGCAUAUAUUAUGCAUAUAUUACAUACAGGUAUAUUGAUGGAAUGUAUGCAUAUAUUACAUACAGGUAUAUUGAUGGAAUGUACGCAUAUAUUAUGCAUAUAUUACAUACAGGUAUAUUGAUGGAAUGUAUGCAUAUAUUACAUACAGGUAUAUUGAUGGAAUGUACGCAUAUAUUAUAUUAUGCAUAUAUUACAUACAGGUAUAUUGAUGGAAUAUAUGCAUAUAUUACAUACAGGUAUAUUGAUGGAAUGUAUGCAUAUAUUACAUACAGGUAUAUUGAUGGAAUGUAUGCAUAUAUUACAUACAGGUAUAUUGAUGGAAUGUACGCAUAUAUUAUGCAUAUAUUACAUACAGGUAUAUUGAUGGAAUGUAUGCAUAUAUUACAUACAGGUAUAUUGAUGGAAUGUAUGCAUAUAUUACAUACAGGUAUAUUGAUGGAAUGUAUGCAUAUAUUACAUACAGGUAUAUUGAUGGAAUGUACGCAUAUAUUAUAUUAUGCAUAUAUUACAUACAGGUAUAUUGAUGGAAUAUAUGCAUAUAUUACAUACAGGUAUAUUGAUGGAAUGUAUGCAUAUAUUACAUACAGGUAUAUUGAUGGAAUGUAUGCAUAUAUUACAUACAGGUAUAUUGAUGGAAUGUACGCAUAUAUUACAUACAGGUAUAUUGAUGGAAUGUAUGCAUAUAUUACAUACAGGUAUAUAGAUGGAAUGUAUGCAUAUAUUACAUACAGGUAUAUUGAUAGAAUGUAUGCAUAUAUUACAUACAGGUAUAUUGAUGGAAUGUAUGCAUAUAUUACAUACAGGUAUAUUGAUGGAAUGUACGCAUAUAUUACAUACAGGUAUAUUGAUGGAGUGUAUGCAUAUAUUACAUACAGGUAUAUUGAUGGAAUGUACGCAUAUAUUACAUACAGGUAUAUUGAUGGAAUGUACGCAUAUAUUACAUUCCGGUAUAUUGUGAUCGUAUAUAUAUAAUAUGCAUAUAUUACCCUGCAAAUAGC